AUGACCAUUUUGCGUGCACAAGACACACAUUUCUUCGCCUUGUCAGUUCAGCAGCAAGUCAUGCCCUCGCCUCAGAAUGUCCGUCGGCUUGUGCUGACUGUUGCGGUUACUUCUAUCACUAUUGCAAGCUCCCUCUAUGGGGCAGGUCUGAAGACCACCGAGGAGAUCGCGGAGACUACGCGGAAACGUCAGGAAGCCACAUUUGAAGAACAACUUGCAGCGCUCCAGAACAUGCGCUCCAACCUUGCCGCUCGCAAAGGCAUGAUUGAGAAUCAGAUUCGAGAACUGGACGCAAAAGUAAAGGAAAAGGCACAAAGGGCUGCUCUAGAGAGCACGAAUGAUGAGUCGGGUGGGCGGCGAUGA